AUGAACGGAAGUGGUCUGGUAACCCAGGAGGUGCUUGAGGAUGAAGCAAAGGAAGGAACUUUUAUUUCUGGUGCAAAUGAAUCAGCUGGAACUAACAGGAGUAGCACCAGCACCAGCACCAGCACCAAAUUUGAAGAAGCAUACGAUUCAUUUCUCACCAAGAUACGAAGGUAUUUGUUAGACUCCUCGCCAGAAGUUAUAUCUUCAGCAGUAGAGAUUCUAUUAGACAUUUUCGGAUCCAAUAUCAAUGUCCAGACAAAGAGGAAAGAAAUCAAUCAAUUGUUGAAAAUUCAAAUUGGUGAUGAUGAGUUGAGUCAAUUGAUUAAUUUGGCUAAUUUGUAUAAUGGGUAUUUGAAAAGACACAAGACGGGUACAGAAGGAAAGGGAGAAGCGGACGAGGCUAUUGUUGUUGAUGUUGAUGUUGAGAUGGAGGAGGAAGAGGAAACCGAAGGCGAGUUUUUGCGUGAGAUUGUUGAGUCUGAAGAGGAGGAGGAAGAGGAGGAGGAGGAGGAGGAGGAGGAGGAGGAGGAGGAGGAAAUAGAGGAUGGAAAAGUUCAACAAGAGGCGACAUAUUCAUGGGAUACGUUUUUAGCAAAUGUGCCGAGUGAUGUGGAUACCAAAUCAGUAUUUGAAAUUUUAAAAGACCCGGCUUUAAAUGACCGUUUGGUUUCUCAAAGACUAGAUGGUUUAUUAAACCUGGAUAUAUUGAAGAAAAUUGUCAAGAAUCGAUGGGAAAUUGUAUUUGGCCAAAAAAUAAACACCGAACCCAAGCAUUUACUCAUAAAGGAGAUGAUUCAAUUGCGAUUAUACGCUUUGAUCAAUAAGCUUAUAUUCAAUGAUGACCGGGAAAAAGAGCAUAUUAUCAAAAAGCUACAAAAGAAGAGAUUUUACGAAGAAAAAGCAGAUGAUUUGAAAAUAACUUUACCCAAGGGCACUUUUCAGGAAAAGUUGCCCAAUUAUGAUAUCAUUACGGUGCCUCCUAGUACUCUAUCAGAUCAGGUUGAAGACGAACUAUUGCCCACUUCAACACUACCGCCGUGGGCUCGCGAAGCAUUCCCUACUAACGAAACAACAACAUUUAAUCGAAUACAAUCCAAGAUAUACCCCAUGGCAUUUGAAAGUGACGAAAAUUUGUUAGUUUGCGCACCUACUGGUGCAGGUAAGACAAAUGUGGCCAUGCUCACAAUGUUGAGAAUCAUAGAUAACCACAGAUCCAAGAAUGGACAUAUCAGUAAGGACCAAUUUAAAAUUGUUUAUAUUGCACCUUUGAAAGCACUAGUGCAGGAACAAAUGCGAGAAUUCCAAAGACGACUAACACCGGUUUUUGGGUUGAUUGUCAAUGAACUAACUGGUGACUCUACGUUAUCUCAGCAACAAAUCGCUGAAACCAAUGUAAUUAUCACAACCCCGGAAAAAUGGGACAUUAUAACAAGGAAAAAUUACGCAUAUUCUAAAUUGAUAAAGUUGAUGAUUAUUGAUGAGAUUCAUUUGUUGCAUGACCAAAGGGGACCGGUGUUGGAAUCUAUUGUUGCAAGAAUUACCAAGGACGAGGAGAGUGAUGUGAGGAUUGUUGGAUUAUCAGCAACAUUACCUAAUUAUCAAGAUGUUGCCAAGUUCACCAAUGUCAGUAAGGAGGGAGUGUUUUAUUUUGACCAAUCAUAUAGGCCAUGCCCUUUGGAACAAAAGUUUAUUACAAUAAAGGAACAAAAAGCAAUGAAGAAGAGGAUCGCUAUAAAUGAAGCUUGUUUUGAUCAAACUCUUAAAUGCUUAAAACAAGAUCAACAGUUGAUUAUUUUUGUUCAUCUGAGGAACGAAACUGUUAAUACUGCCGAGUAUUUAAUUGAACGGUUACAAAAAGAUCUGGAUUUAGAAAUUGUUACUGAUGAAAGUACAGGGGAAAUCCUUUCUCAAGAAUCUGAAAAGAUUUCAAACGUAAAGCUACAAAAAGUUCUUGUAUCUGGGAUUGGUGUACACCAUGCUGGGUUGAACAAAGUCGAUAGAACAACUGUUGAAGAUUUGUUUGCUCAAAAACACCUCAAGGUUCUUGUAUCUACAGCAACAUUAGCUUGGGGAGUAAAUUUGCCAGCCCACACAGUAAUCAUCAAGGGAACCGAAGUAUACUCUCCAGAAUCGGGAUCGUGGAUCCAGCUAUCGCCACAGGAUGUUUUCCAAAUGUUGGGAAGAGCAGGUCGUCCUCGGUACGAUAAGAAUGGUGAAGGUAUAAUCAUCACCACUCAGGAUGAAGUACAGUAUUAUCUUGCUAUUUUGAACCAACAGUAUCCCAUUGAAUCUCAGUUAUUGACAAAAUUGAUUGAUAAUUUGAAUGCCGAAAUUGUGCUGGGAUCGGUGACUUCUUUGGAAGCAGGAAUUGAUUGGUUGGGUCAUACAUAUUUAUAUAUUCGUAUGUUGCAAUUACCAUCGCUAUACUUGGACUAUACACCCGUGACUAAUAAUAACAAUAGUGACCCAACGAUGUAUUUCAAAAGAGCAGAAUUCAUCAAUGCUGCGUUUUGUGUGCUCAAAGAGAACAAAUUGAUUGAGUAUGAAAAUGGGCAAGUGAAAGCUACUGAACUUGGCCGUAUUGCAUCGUAUCAUUAUAUCAGUUACCAUACAAUUAGCCAGUAUAACAGAUUACUCAAGCCUUGGCAUAGAGAAGGUGAUGUGAUUCGAAUUUUCACUCUUUCGGAUGAAUUUGAGCUUGUGCCAGUUCGUCGAGAGGAAAAACUAGAAAUUAAUAAAUUGAUGGAGCAAUGCCCCAUCCCAAUCAAGGAAUCUCCAGUUGAACCAUCGGCCAAGAUCAACAUUCUUUUACAAACAUAUGUUUCAAGAUUGAAUUUAGACGGGUAUGCCUUAAUUGCAGAUAUGAUAUAUAUCAAACAAUCCGCAGAUAGAUUGCUACAUGCAUUGUAUGAGUUGGCAGUUUUGAAAAAAUGGUCAUCUUUGGCAAAAUAUGUGUUGGAAUUGGCAAAAAUGGUCAAGAAUAGAAUGUGGAUAAGUGAUUCGCCAUUGAGACAAUUUGGAUCACAUAUACCGAGACUGAUUGUGAAAUCAUCCGAAUCCUCUCAUUUACCAUGGCUGCAAUAUUUCCAUUUGACAAAAGAGGAGCUUGCAGAAGUUUUAAACUUGAGAGGGAGCGAUGCUACAACUGCAGUCAAUUUUAUCAAUUCGUUUCCAAAAAUCGAAAUCAUUGACUAUACUGUGCAAAGUAUUUCGCAAGAAUUUAUGAGAAUCAGAGUUGAGAUCAAACCUACCUGGAAUUGGAUAUACGAUGUACAUGGUAAACAAGAGACAUUUGAAGUUAUCUUGGAGGAUUGUAAUGGUUUACGAAUUUUGCAAUACCAACAGUUAUUUGUGAGACAACAGCAACUUGAUGAAGCGCAUCUUUUGGAAUUUUAUGUUGAGAUACCGAACCCUAUAACACCUAAUUAUCUAUUAUCAUUCAUUAAUACCAAAUGGGUCAAUUGUACAUGGAAAGCGGCAAUUAUUACAGACUUGAUAAAGACCAAGGAUAAAUCGUACUUUACUGCAAAAAGUGAAUCCAAAGUGGAGGAUGCAAGUUGGAAAAAGACGAUGAUGCUGAUGCUGAUGCUGGUACCAACACUGUUCAGUACCGAAGUUUUCGAUACCAUUUGCGAUGAUGAAGAACCAAGCUGUUUUAUUGGUAUAAAUAAGGGCGACGAAAAGACGUACUGUCCUGAUUUGGCAAUAUUUCAUCAUUUCAAGAAACUGAAUGGCAGGAUAAUAUACAUCAAUCCAGAUACUUCAAUUAUUGAUACAAAUUUCAAACGAUGGUCCAAAUUGGAAAAGGGAGUUGCCAAAUUAACUGAGGAUUUAAAAACAGAUGUUAAGAGCUUCAAUAAGAGCAACAUCAUUUUAGGCACACCUGACCAAGUUUACACUUUGGUCAAGCGUUGGAAAACACUAAAAUCAGUAAAAUCAGUGGGACUUCUUAUACUAGAUGACCUCCACAUGAUUGAAUCUAACGCAAUGUAUGAAUUUAAUUUAAUUAGAAUUAGACUAUUGCAAGCGCAAUAUGGCAACGAGCUAAAGCUUCGAAUAGUUGGUAUUUCGUACCCAAUGUUGGAUGUCCGUGAUAUGUGUGCUUGGCUUAGUAUUGGUAAACUGAGCAUUGUUAAUUUCCCUGCUUCAAUUCGUGAACACAAUAUUGAGGACAUCAAUUUAACUAUUGACGAUAACGAUUUCUUGAAAUCUGUUGAUGGCUUUAUAAAGAAAGGGAAAACUGUGCUCAUAUUUGUUGAUUCUAAUACUGAGGCUAUCAAGUUGGCCGAAUCAUUGCAUGUUAAUGAAAGUAGCAGUGGCAUUAUGAAUGAGCAAAAACAUUUUGAUAAAAUCAAAAGCUCUCUUUUGAAGAACUUUCUUAAAGGUGGAAUUGGUUUUUAUUUAAAUGAGUUUGAUAACCUUGAUAAGUUGAUUGUUGAGAGGCUUUUUAGUCUGCGAGCUGUUUCUCUUUUAAUUUCAACAUGGGAUUCAGAUAUUCAACAAAAAGCAAAUGCAGAUGUGGUAAUGAUUGAUGGUACCCAGUUCUAUGACGAGUAUGAACAUAGAAAAGUUGAUUACAGUUUAACAUCUAUAUACAACAUGGUUGGAUGUUGUCAAGACAUGGCAAAUCAAGGAAAAGUGUUUAUUAGGACUUCAGCAGACACCAUAAACUACUACUCUACAUUUAUGAACACCGGGUUGAUGGUGGAAAGUCAACUACGCCAAACAAUGCAUGAAUUUUUUAUUUCCGGGAUUGUUGAUGGCUUACUAAGACAACGAGAAGAAUUUGUUGAUAUACUAACCCAUUCAUUUUUUUAUCAGCGGUUAUUGAGCAAUCCAAGCUAUUACCAUUGUAAAGAUGUAACAUCCAAUGGUAUUUCUGAAUAUUUGUCCAUCAUGAUUGAGGAUGUAAUCGAUGGUUUGAUCAAAAACGAAUUUGUAGAAGAACUUGGAGAAGAUGAGGAUGGCUUAGAGUUGAAUCCCUUGAACAAAGCACUUAUUGCAUCUCAUUACAAUUUAUCUUAUGAAACAUUGAACUCUUUGAGUUCUUUAACUAUAAAGAGUAAAUUAAGAGAUAUCUUGAAUGCAUUGGCAAAUGCUGUGGAAUUUGAAAGUAUCUCAAUACGUAAGGGCGAAGAAAGAAUAUUGGUGGAUAUAUCGGGAAAGGUGCCAAUGAAAGCGGGGGGGUCUCAUUAUCAUGUGACACCUUUUUACAAAACGUUCAUACUCAUUCAAGCAUAUGUUUCACGAAUCAAAUUACCGUUAACGCUUCAGCAGGAUCUUCAACGUAUUUUGACAAUAAUGCCGAAAUUGUUGAAUGCUUGUAUUGAUACGUUAGCAGGAGAUGGCCACCUAAAUGCCAUGUUGGUUAUGGAUUUAUCUCAAAUGAUAACUCAAUGUACAUGGUCAUUUGAAAAUCAUCUUAAGCAGAUUCCUCAUUUCGACAAUGAGGCGAUAUUAAAACGGUGCAAGGAACAUGAUGUUACUAGUGUUUAUGAUUUAAUGAGUCUUGAGGAUGACGAGCGCGAUGCAGUUUUACAAAUGGACGAUGAAAAUGAUGAAGAGAAAUUGAAUGAUGUUGCAUCCUUUGUGAACCUGUAUCCUAAUGUUAAACUCACUUAUACCUUGACCAAUGAUCGGGUAGUGGCGAAUGAGGCUAUAACGAUAAGAGUUGUAUUGGAAAGAGACGAAGAAAUGGAAUCGUUACAAGUGGUAUCGCCAUUACCUUUUCCACAAUUUGAAAGUUGGUGGAUUUUAGUUGGACAAUUUUCAACUAAACAACUAUAUGCGAUAAAAAAGUGUCAAAUCAAUAAAGUGGAGCAAUCUUUUGAUAUUGAGUUCAGCUUGCCUCUACAGGGAGUGUGUGAUUUGACGUGUUGGGCCGUUUGUGGAUCAUACCUUGACGCCGAUAAAGAGGCCAGUUUCCAAAUAACCGUUGACUAA